ACGUGCCUGCAUGAAAACUCUUGAGUAUAGUAAAAGGACUCAACUUCGACAACAUCUAUUUGCGAGUCCACAUUCUGUAUUGCAUCCAGAUUUACACUCUUUAAAGUUAAAGAAUGUCUAACCUGCUACCGUACUAUUAAUUUGAAGUCUCGGGGCUUUCAUGAAACAACAUAAUCCAAUUCCAUAAAAGUCGUUGAUGCGAAACAAACGCAUUGUGAAUUUUACAAAUAUGUUAAUAUUGCUUUAGUUCACAAAAUUGUUUGCAAGAAAAAAUGCCUACAGAGCAUCUCGAGGCGGCCUGUCAAUUCGCUAUAAAUUAUAUUAGAAUUUAGCCAUUAACUUACAUUACCCCGGUAUUCAUCGUCAGAACACGCUUCGCUUUAAAAAAAAUAUCUACCGUGUGGCUUGUUUUAUUUGACUAACUUAGUUCAUGUCUACUUCAUAUGCUGUAUAUUUUCCGUAAACUGCCCGUAGAUGUGCCUGGAUGGUGUUGCCUAAAUUAUACUCUGCAGUCGGGGAUGAAGCUGUUCUUGCGCGCCAGUGCCUGGGGAUUCUUCUGUAACGUUGCAGUUUAUGCGGGAUCAAAACCAAGCCCAAUUUCGCCGUCAGUGAAAUUAAAUUUUUCAACUCCAAGGAAGAAAAACAAUACCUUGCUGUAUACAAACCGCGACACUUCUGCAGUCGGUAUAUUCGUGCCCUGCAACACCUUGCUAGCUAGCUAACCCUGAAAAAUUGCUGGAGCUUUUCACUAGUGACGUAGAAGAAACAGAACCAGGUUGCGGCGGAGGCCCUACUCCUCCCUCCCUCCUCUCUUUCAGCGAGCAGCCUGAUUGGACCGGGCCUGGAAAACAGCUCAGAAAUCACAAUGUAUAGGCCUCGACAUCUGCACCGUGGGAAUAAUAACCAAACAGUGUAAUUCAAAUAAAUGUGGACAUGACAUUUCCACAGGACAGGAAACGAGGACUGUAAAACAGAGUGGAAUCUUGUAAGCCUACUGUAAAAAACUGUUCAAGACAUCACUCUCAGUUAUUGUCCUCCCUGCAAGCAGAGAACAAGCCGAUCGACAAUUGCUUCAGUUGAAAGAGGACAGUGCAGCAAAUGUGAAGCUUUUGAGAAGAAGGGAUAAUGGACGGUGAUGGAGGGGUCUUGGAACUUCAGCUGCAUGAUUCAAAAAUGCCCCAUACAAUGAUAAUGCAGGACUUUGUUGCGGGCAUGGGCGGAAUGGCUCACCUGGACGGCGACCACAUCGUGGUGUCGGUGCCGGAGGCGGUGCUGGUCUCUGACGUGGUGACGGACGAGUGCAUCACGCUGGAGCCCGGGCUGGAGACGGAGGUCAUGGAGGGGCCGGACAUCGGGCCCGACGACGUGGUGGCGGAAGAGGAGCUGAUCGUGGCCGAGUCCAUGCUGGGGACCGAGGUGGACAUUCAGGAGACGGUGGAUUCCGACCACCACGUUCUGACCGCCGACCUCAUUGAGGAGUCGGUGCACGUCCCCGACCAGGUCUUUGAGAUGGUGUCCGGUGAAGUCAUGGUCUCCAACUGUGACCUGGAGACGGUGAUCCAGGCGCACGAGGGUAUGGAGCCUUCCACGGUUACCAUCAAACCACAGGAUGACGAGGAUUGCAGGAGUACAUCCGAGGACUACCUGAUGAUUUCUUUGGAUGAAGUUGGGGAAAAAAUAGACCAAGGAAACACUCAGCUGAAGAUGAAUUCAGACGUUACACAAGAUGCUGGGUCCAAGGACGGUGCUUACAACUCAGAGGUCAUCAAGGUGUACAUCUUCAAAGCGGAGGCCAGCAACGAUGUGGAAAUAGGCGGCACGGAGGUGGUGACGGAGGCUGACUUCCACAGCGGUCGCGCCGUGCUCGAGCCGAGCGGCGUCGGCAGGCCGUCGCGAGAGAAAAUGGUCUACAUGGCCGUGAAGGACUCCUCACAGGAAGACGAGGACAUCAACUCCACAGAGAUUGCGGAUGAGGUUUACAUGGAGGUGAUUGUGGGGGAAGAGGAGGACCCCUCCAUCCAGGAGUCUCUGGAUGACUCGGCUCUCAAUAAGAACUUUGUCUCUGUGGCCUGGGCCCCAGCUUACGGUAACAGCCUGGAAAGCAGACUGGAAGGGAAGAACGGGGCUGCCACGCAGUACCUGCAGAUCACCGACAGCCUGUGCUCCAGCCGAGCGCUCAAGCAGAAGGCCAAGAAGAAGAAGAGAGGAGACGCACGACCCUGCCAGACCGCCGUGAUCAUUGGUCCGGAUGGGCAGCCUUUGACGGUCUACCCCUGCCACAUCUGCGGAAAGAAGUUCAGGUCCCGGGGCUUCCUGAAGUGUCACAUGAAGAACCACCCGGACCACAUGUUCAAGAAGAAGUACCAGUGCACGGACUGCGAUUUCACCACCAACAAGAAGGUCAGCUUCCACAACCACCUGGAGGGCCACAAGCUGAUCGUGAAGAGCGAGAAGGCUCCGGAGUUCACCGAGUACACGCGGCGCUACUGCGAGGCCAGCCCGCUCAACUCCAACAAGCUCAUCCUCCGCGACAAGGAGCCCAGGCUCCACAAGUGCAAGUACUGCGACUACGAGACGGCCGAGCAGGGCCUGCUCAACCGCCACCUGCUGGCCGUGCACAGCAAGAACUUCGCCCACGUGUGCGUGGAGUGCGCCAAGGGCUUCCGCCACCCCUCCGAACUGAAGAAGCACAUGCGCACGCACACGGGCGAGAAGCCCUACCAGUGCCAGCACUGCGAGUUCCGCUGCGCCGACCAGUCCAACCUAAAGACUCACGUCAAGAGCAAGCACGGCGCCGAGCUGCCCUUCAAGUGCGGCCACUGCCCGCAGGCCUUCGCCGACGACAAGGAGCUGCAGAAGCACACCGAGAUCUUCCAGGGCCACAAGACGCACCAGUGCCCGCACUGCGAGCACAAGAGCACCAACUCCAGCGACCUGAAGCGCCACGUCAUCUCGGUGCACACCAAGGCCUUCCCGCACAAGUGCGAGGUGUGCGAGAAGGGCUUCCACCGGCCCUCGGAGCUCAAGAAGCACUCGGAGACCCACAAGGGCAACAAGGUGCACCACUGCCGGCACUGCGAGUUCAGGAGCUCGGACCCGUUCACCCUCAGCCGCCACAUCCUGUCCGUUCACACCAAGGACCUGCCCUUCAAGUGCAAGCAUUGCAGGCGGGGCUUCCGGCAGCACAGCGAACUGAAGAAGCACAUGAAAACGCACAGCGGGAGGAAGGUGUACCAGUGCCAGUACUGCGAGUACAACACCGCGGACGCCUCGGGCUUCAAGAGACACGUCAUCUCCAUACACACCAAGGACUACCCGCACCGCUGCGACUACUGCACCAAGGGCUUCCGCCGGCCCUCCGAAAAGAACCAGCACGUAAUGCGGCACCACAAAGACGUGCUCAUGUAGUGCCGAACAGUCCCUGCCCGCUCUUCCGGAGUUUUCUGAACACGGGAGAGGGGGAGAUGGUUACGUUUAUAUGUAUGACAUUACUGUCCUCUGUUCCAGUGUACCUUUUCCAGGAAUUCAAUUUUAGGUCUUAAAUAUCACAAGCAAAGUGUUGAGACUUGGUGAAGUUUGUUAAAAGGAUUGCAGUUUGUCGGGGGGGGGAGGUGGUAUCGGAUAGGUGCUGUGGUCACUUUUCUUUUUUUACGUGAUGCGGAUUAAUGGCUCAUCAGACAUUCAGGGGUCAAAUGUCAUGUUUACGAAUUUCUGUAGAAUAUUAUAAAAUGCUACCAUUGUUGUCCAUAUCGGGAGUGGUCCUUUAAUGUGUCUGUACGAAAUGACAAAAUCAGUGUUGGUCACUGUCUUUAAGGUGAGCUGCUAUAUCAUCUGUAAAUAUACUGACAGGCAGAAAAUACAACAAAUUCCAUUUAGAAUCUUAAAAAAAUGCAGAACAGUAUGGAUAUUUAUCAUGAACAAGAUUUUGGCUGUAUGUGACUCGUGUGCAAUAUUUCAGCAUUGUUGCAGAUUUUGAAUGUUCUCUAACAGGCGUGUAACAGUGGGUGUAAUAGUGUGUGUGGUGUGUGAUCAUGAUGGGGUCCUUGCACGUUUGGCCCCGUCAUAUUCACCAGCAUUCGUAAUCCGUCUACUCCUACACUUCCAAGUACUCUCCCAUUCACAGUCUCCCAGAGUCACUUCCAAGUAUGGACCAUUCACAGUGUAUUAGGCUGAUCUUGUUUGCAAAUUUGCUGUGGAGUGAAGUCGGCAGUAAAAUAAUAUAGAGGUAUGCACAUCGCAAGGCAAUUAUAGUAUUUUAAUUGAAUUAAAAUUAAAGUACAGCCUGCUCACCCAAACUCAAUAUAAUUAUUUUAUUAUCAAACAAUGUUUCGAUUCAAAGUGGAUCUCCAAAGUGGAACCAAAGUCAGUUUGACCUGACAAAGAUCCACUAUGGGUCGAAACGUUUGAUACCAUUAAAUAAUUUUAUUGAGUUUGGAUGUGCUGGCUCUACUUUAAUCAUGGUGGAAACAAGUCGCCCAUUACACAAUAGAGUUGGUGCCUCACCCUGACACUGCCACUAGAGGGGCUGUUUUCCCCAGCUUUUUGUAUUCCUGGUUAAUUUUGAAUUGGGAACUCCAACUGUGUCCCGUUGAAGGACUGUGUCAGUGUUGGGAGUGUUGGCAGUAAACACUUUAAAUCAGAGUCUCUAUAGAAUGAGUAGCAGUGCUCAAUUUGGUAUAUAUAUUUCUGGUGAAAAUACUCAAUUAUUUGUUGCAUUUCAGUGCCUCUCAGUAUAUGUAUUUUAAGAUGCAUCUUUCUGUCUGCAUCUGCUUUAAUUUGUUUGCCUGUCAGUCUUUGGCUGUGAUACACUGCAUCACAUUAGUGGCCAGCUCAGUGAAAAUCUAUACAUGCAAUUUAACUACAAGCUCUAAUACCUUAAGAUGAAUGAUCAGAUUUUAGAUCUUUGAACAACCUGCAGCAUUCCCACCUCAAGUAGCAUCACACAUUUAUAAUGCUCUGAAUUCAGUCUGGUGCGCACCACCUUUCUGCUUAUCCCAAUGUGACAAGUUUACACAGCUGCAUCAAACGCUCUCUUUGGAUUACGUUCACUGUCAUGCCUCACGUGUGUAAACACCGUUUGUAUUGGCAGAGCUCUGUAAAUUGUUACUACGUCCAAUUUAUUCAUAAACUAAAAUUUUCUCUGCAGGUGAUAUUACAAUCUGAAUGUUAGUGGGUCACUUUAAGAGGUGGAAAAUUCAGGUUCUCAAAGUAAAAGUCUUUUUAGUUCCAAUCGCAUGGAGUUGCUAAUUGGCACAAUUUCUCCACUACCAACUAAUUGGUGAAAUCAGCUGGCAGAUCAUGGGUGGAGGCUGGAGUUUUACUUUCUGACCUGGACUUUCCAGCUCUGAUCACUUUUGAUGUGGUGUUGUGGGGAAUGCAGAUAUUGGAUAGUCAGAAUUUUAUCUGAAAUGAAUGAAUUGAGGGAUCCAAUCUGAAGUGGGACUAUUGCAUAUACUGUUGCUCAUGGUAAUGCAUACUAUUAUUCAAUCACAGUCUAUAAAACACUUUUGGGUAUGGUUGUGCCUUGACCUUAAUACUGUUACUUCUAAUUUCACUUCUUUAAAAUUGUGUUAAUGCAUUCAGUCCCUUGAGGUCCGGUCAUUUUGUCACCAGUGUAAUUAUCCAGAAGUUUCUGUACCGUCCCGCUGAAAAUGGAGUUUAAAGUGAUCCUUCAAAUGCAGAAGUCUGUUGCACUCAGCCUCAGGUUUAAGCGAAGUAAUCUCUUGCCUACUCACAAUAACAAACCACGCUGUAACCCCAAAGUGGUUGAUAUAUGAGCAUUUUUUUUAAAACUGCUUGCCAUUACGGUAGCAUAGUGGUGGCCAUGUCGUAACGCACUGUUCCCUCUCAUGACUCAGAAUGUCUGCAAUAUUAUGAUUUUUUAACCUUUGUUUGCAUUUCUGGUACAGAGGACCCAAAAUAAAUGUUUUUAUAAGAA